AUGGCAGACGAUGCACCAACCCCACCAAAGAAACGCAGGUGUCGACUACACGUUAAGAGACCAUACAAUAAGCGUCAGAUUUGGAUAGAUGUCCGCGCUGGAGCCUUGCAGUGGUCGCAUGGAAAGACACUGGUCAUGCAGAUUCGGGAGUCCAUCUGCAAAGUGGAAGACACGGUGCAGCGGAGACAUCCCUUGGGUCUAAUCGAUAAGAGUGAUGAUGAACAAGAUGGGAUCGAUUACUGGCCCUUGUGGAAACAGAGCUUUUCACCGGCAUACGGUGAAGGAUCUGACUUGGUGAGUGUGAGCAACAAGGAGGAACAUGGCUUCAUCACACGUCAUCUGCAUGAGAACGACCCCCUCCAGCGAGAGUGGUACACUUCAGGCUAUCAGAAGACCCCAAGUUUCUGGGAAAAUGCUGGAGAUGGAACUUCAUUUCAAGAUAUGAUGGAGGCUUUACUUCCCAACCAAGGCUCAAGUCCCACCAGAAAUUUUCUUGCAUACAGUUACUCAUAUCGACACAAAGAAUGGGGUCUGUUGAUGGUGGAUGGGGAGGAGCCACUGCUGUACAUCUGUGAAAUACCUCAGGGUAACAUAGACAUGUUGAUUGACGAGUCUGUCGAGCGAGACCACGAGUAUGGCUUCCUGGUCAAGGACCCCACGAAGAUACCCCGGGCUCCCAUUAUCGUUACCCAGCCUAAAAACACCAUGUUUGACCUCGUGCGGAGGGAAGUGAUCAACUACGUCUCUGUUAUGUGUAUAGCCGACGGUUACCCGCACCCAACUUACCAGUGGUACAAAGAAACAUACGAAAAUGAGGCGCUAAAGUCCAAGCUGAUCAACCCCUUGGAUGACAGACGCUUCACCGUGUCUGGAGGAACGCUCAUCAUUAAUGAUCCCAAGCAGGUAGAAGACCGGGGCAAGUAUCACUGCCGAGCGACCAACAUGUUCGGCUCGGUCACGUCUGAGAGCAUCCAGCUGUCAUUUGCAUAUGUUGCCGAGUUCAACCUCAAGCGAUCCAACGAACAAGGCAAUCAGUUCUGGGGAAAAGCCAUCUACUGUGAUCCACCACAGCAUUUCCCUGAUGUGCACUAUUACUGGGCAAGGGACUACUUUCCUAAUUUUGUUGAGGAGGACAGGAGAACUAUGGUGUCAUACGAUGGCAACUUAUACUUCUCAUACUUGGACUUCAUUGACAUCGGCAAAUACAGCUGUAACGUUCAGAGUACCGUCUCUGGUAUCGGCAAGAAUGGUCCGUUCUUCAACCUGGAAAUUUAUCCACAUCCUAACUACCAGCAGCUGAAGUUUGCUAACAACUUUCCUAAAGCCUUUCCUGAAGCUCCAAUAAGAGGUGAAGAUGUCAGGCUGGAGUGCAUUGCUUUUGGAUACCCAGUGCCAAUGUACAACUGGACUCGCAGAGAUGGUCAGCUGCCCCGAGGUGCCCAGCUGCUCAAUUAUAAUAGGGUCUUGGUGCUGCCUAAAGUAGAGCCCUCAGACAUUGGUGACUAUGUGUGUCGUGCUCAGAACUCCAAACUGGCCAUAGAAAAUACUAUCUCUCUCAGCAUACAAGCUAAACCAAGUUUCACAAUUCGUCUGCACGACCAGUUUAUCGCUAAAGAAGCCGACCUGAUGUGGGAAUGUGAGGCUUUUGGCAUCCCUGAUGUGGACUACGAGUGGUUAAGAAACUCAGAGCCGCUCACGUUCGACUCUCUAUCAGUGGAAGAAAGGAAUCGUUACGAAAUUGUCGACAGUGUGCUGAAGAUAAAGGGAGUUAUAGAAGCAGAUGAGGCCACCUACCAGUGUAAAGCCACCAAUCAGCUUGGUUCCUCGUUCUCGUCUGCCCAACUUAAAGUCUUAAAGUUGGCUCCCACUUUCCGUAAGAAACCUCUGGAGGCUGAGAUGUACGCCUCUGAAGGCAAAAAUGUCACUAUUGUCUGCAAUCCUGAGGCUGCUCCCAGACCUACAUUCGUGUGGCGGCAAAAUGGAUUAGUCAUCGGAAACGGUGGCCGCCGUCGUAUUCUUCGUAAUGGCAACCUCAUCAUCGACCCAGUGUCUCGGGAGGAUGAAGGCAACUACACUUGUAAUGCUGAGAAUACAUACGGCUCGGACACCAGUUCCGGCCGACUUAUUGUACUGCGUAAGCCGGAGUUUUACCUGAGUCCUCCAGAGCUAAUAACAACCUCCAAGGGUGAGACUAUUAACCUGGAGUGCGAGGCGCACACCGACGCACUCCUGGACACAACUUACACCUGGAGGCACAACGGUCUACGCAUCGAGCUGGAUGACACGGAGUAUCUCCGUCACCUGGCCUACGAACAGGGCUAUGUGUAUGACUUCCAAAGGAAACUCUAUAAUCUCUAUGACAAUCCAUACGAGACAUCGAUGUUUUUGAAACAGAGAGCACAAGAGGUGUAUGUGAGCAAGAGAGAGCCUCCCUACCAGACGGGUUAUCGUGAAGGUCACCUGCGCAUUGUGAACGUGUCGCUGGCAGAUGCAGGCGUUUACGAAUGUGUAGCUAUGACCCCUGUGGCCAAGAUUGCCAUCUCCUCGACUCUCAUUGUUCGUGGCCCUCCAGGACCUUGUGGUGGAGUAGCUGCCGUGGACCUGACCAGCACCAGUGCUCGUGUUCAGUGGACUGACGGUGCAAGUAAUGGACAGCCUAUCGAGAGUUAUACCAUACAGACUCGCACACAAUGGUCCAAGAAAUGGAUAACUGUAGCUGAGAAUGUUACAGCCAAGCUGAUAGAUCCUACCAAUGGUCGUCGAGAGUACCAGCUGGGCGACGUUCUCUCCCCCUGGUCAUCACAUGAGUUCAGAAUACGGGGUGUGAACAACCUUGGUAAUGGACAGUUCUCUGCUCCCUCACCUCAGGCAAACACAAGAGAGGACCGGCCAUUCACUACCCCGAUGAACUUGGGCGGCGGAGGCGGCAAGACCGGGGACCUUACCAUCACCUGGGAUCCACUGUCAGGAGAGCACCAGAAUGCUCCUGGGGUGUACUACAAGUUGUUCUGGAGACGCACCGUCAUCGACCCCGAAACUGAUUUCCAGACCAUCGUCCUGCGUAACCGUGGCAACAUCGGGAUGCACGUGGUCGAUGUCAACCCCAUCAAGUACUUCUAUACUCAGUAUGAAGUCAAAAUCCAGGCCUGGAAUAAUCAAGGUCCUGGACCCAUUAGUGAACCGGUUGAGAUCUUCUCCGCUGAAGACAUGCCCCAGGUACAGCCAACAGAAGUCUCUGCCUUUGCCCACAAUGCUACUUCACUCAAUGUUACCUGGCUACCAAUUGAACCCACCCGGGACAACAUCCGCGGAAAACUCAUUGGUUACAGGAUUAAGUACUGGAGACGGCAGAAUGAGGAGACUGACCACAUCAUUAAGUUACAGCGAGGUACCGAGCCUCAUGGUCUUAUUCUUGGCCUCAUACCAAACACCUUCUACUGGGUGCGUGUCAUGGCCUAUAACCAAGCUGGCUCGGGACCCGAGAGUGAGAGAUUCCUCGAACGAACCUGGCGCUUCCCUCCUCUCAUGCCUCCGAAUGCAGUCAAGGUUUACCCCAUCAACCCCAGCACCAUACGUGUCACUUGGAGAGGUGUUACUCCCACGUCUAUGGAAGAACCACUUAUUGGAUACAAGGUCAAAGUCUGGGAAGCUGAUCAAGAUUUCACAAAGGCCAACGAUACCUAUGUAUACAUUGGGUCACCACUGGAGGUUUACAUCAGCGAACUUUCUCCCGGCAAGUCUUACAACUUGCGAGUACUGGCGUACUCGAGGGGUGGCGAUGGCAAGAAAUCUUCACCUCCGUGGAAAUUCCAAAUGGGUGAUACUGAUGUUCUGCGAGGAGAGGCUCCGGCACCGUCCCCUGAUCAUUACCUCAGCACCAGUAUCGUCAUCACCUUCUUAGUUGCCUUCUUGACCCCACUAAUGAGAUCCAGAGUGGUGACGUCUAACUGACCAUUGUUCACCUCGCACAUAACAUGUUGCUUCAAGUGAAGAAUGAACAUUCAGGUUGUUUGUCUGUGAAUUUCUUGGAUAAAGAAAAUCCAGUUGAAAGCGUUCACAGCUUUGACCUGCACAGAAUCCGAUCCAGUGUUUUCGUCCGCCUUUUAUAACAUUGUGUUUUUCAAAGAUGUUGAGGUUAAAUAUAUAAAUACGUUGAUACCUUACUGAAUCUCAAUUAAGUAUAUAUAUAUACUGUAUUGUACUUCCAGUUAGAUUGGUAAAAAAUUUAAUUAUAUAUUGUAAUUAAAAUAGGAUAGACUAAGUGGGCAGUAAUAUAUUUUUAGUAUAUGUGAAGGCUUGGACUUUCAGAGAAAUUCUCUUUAAUAUCCUCAAGAGGUCCUGUGAUGUUUUGCCUCUGCCUGUAGAGGGAGCAUCUCUCUCUGAUAUACCUCUUCUCUUUAUUGUAACGUUGUUAGUGCAGAGUAUAUUUUACGCCACUGGAGACACAGUGGUCACCAAGAUCUCCCUCACAACUGGUCACAAAGAUAGUGCACCCAUUGCUCACAUUCUCUCAUCAGAAAUAAUGCUUCAGUUCUCACCAUCCAUUUUAAGAAUUCCAUUUUUAUCUUCUCUUUCCUUGCCGUAAUUUCUCCGGUGUUUGCAGUACUAGUUUAAGCAUCUCACAUUUUAUGGAGUGGACAUGUCGUAUUUUAAGGGCGAACAUGUCACAUUUAAGAAUGGACACGUCACAUUUUUAAGAGACGUUAUCAUAAAUCUUCCACAGUUAGUAGAUAAGAUCAUGUCAGUUAUUUACACUGAGCUUUUCAAAACAAAACUAAAAAUAUAUAAUCAUACUGGGAAUUCCUGGCCAGGUUUGGAUUUUAAACCUGGAGUCUGAGAUAAGAGAAUAAUUACAAAAAAAGUUUUAAUGUACCAGCUGUCUCCCACCAAGGCAAGGUGACUCGAAAAAGAAGAAAUCCUUAUAAGGCUUCUCUUCCUUCAUAUUUUUCUUUCAACAAACUGGCCAUAUCCCACCAAGGCAGAGUGACCUAAAAUGAAAAACAAAAGUUUCUCUUUCUAAAUUUAUUAAUGUACCCAGGAGAAAGGGUUAUUAGCCCCCUUGAAUAAUAGUAAUAUUUCUUAAAAAUAAUAAUACACACAUUAAUAAAAUACUUGACGUUAUAGGGGGGCUUAGUUAUACAGUGGAAAGAUAGGGGACUUAGUUAUAUGAUGCUUGCUUAUAGUACGUGCCUGCAAUAAUUCCAUCAAGCACAGACUGUUUAGAUGGAUCGUGGUGCAAGGUGGUGGAACUUUUGAUCCAUUUUACUAAACUGUAAAGAUCUAAGGGAGAAUUUCAGGGAAUAUUUCAUGAACAAACCAAAGAUUAUUAUUUUAAUAUCUGAGAAGUGGAACAGAAUUCUUCCCCUGUAAGCUAUGUGUGCCGUAAGAGGUGACUAAAAUGCUGGAAGCAAGGUGCUAGUAACACCUUCUCUAUACAUUACUAAAUUUAAAAAGAGAAACUUUUGUUUUUCUUUUUGGGCCACCGUGCCUUGGUGGGAUACGGCUGGUUUGUUGAAAGAAGAAGGAAUCUGAGUACCAACACGAUUUUGAACUUCUUUGAGAUGUCAGAUUUCCAACUUUCAGUGCUUGACUGUAAGAUGAUGAACCAUCUUCGUGUGAUCUGGAUCAUUGCAGGGCCGUAUGAUCAGAAUCAUAAGCAGGACCGUAUGAUCAUCAGGUUAUUAAGUUCUGAGAGAAAGAUGCAUUCAACUAAGACUUGUAAGUGUGAACAGAGGCCUUAGGCUGCUUGGCAAAGACAACCCUCAAAACCAGUCACAGGUAUGUCUCUCAUAUACUCUACUCGACACCUUCAAUAGUGUAUGUUCCUGCAAAUAAGGCACACUUUUUUCCCACAAAAAGUCUGGGAAAAUCAUCCUGCACCUUACAAGGUCAGAGUCAAGGUUAGGUUUUGGGUCACACUUGAGUGGUCGCUUACCAACGUUACAACUUUGUUACAUCAUCUUAUAUGCUGGAAAAUAUGGUAUUUUUCCCUGCGGUCUGUUCUUUGGUGGAAGGAGAUGUACACAUGGGGCAGUGGGCCACUAGCAGCAACAGCCUGGUUGACCAGGCUAUCACCAGACAAGCCUGGCCCAUGACCGGGCUCCGGGAGUAAAAUCGUAAAAUCUCAAGACUCAUCAAAGGUGCGCAUACACACACACACACACACACACACACACACACACACACACACACACACACACACACACACACACACACACACACACACACACACACACACACACACACACACACACACACACACACACACACACACACACACAUGCACCACACACACGCAUGCACCACACACACGCAUGCACCACACACACACACACGCAUGCACCACACACGCACGCAUGCACCACACACACGCACGCAUGCACCACGCACACGCACGCAUGCACCACACACACGCAUGCACCACACACACAUGCAUGCACCACACACACACACGCAUGCACCACACACACGCAUGCACCACGCACAUGUACGUACGUACGUGGAUUCUACAGUACUGAGGUUGCUCAUGGUGAGAUGUGUACUUAUUAAAUGUCUUCAUCUGUAGAUACAUUUGUUUCUAUGCAACUUGGUGGUGCUGCAAGGUCUCGGUUAGUGCGAAUAAUGAAUUCCGUGAUGUGGUCACAUUUGAAUUUGCACUAUUCAAAUUAUAUAUAGUUUUUGUGCAUAAUUUAAAGUUUCUGGAAAAACUAGCAUUAAUUAAUUUCAGACUAAAGCGAAAUUCACACUAAUUGAGGCCUGACUGUAUUUCUAUUCUGGUUCAACUACGUUGUUUAAAAGGACCAUUUUUAGUUUUUCUUCUAUAUCCAUUAUGUUUCACUUACCUAAACUAAACUCCAUCAUAUAUUAGUCAUUCCAUCUGUGCAAUUUAUUCAAAUCUUUUAGGAAUUUUUCAUUUCUCAAGACUCCUGUGUCCUGUACACACGUUCAUAGAGUUGUUUAUUGUAGGCUCGUAUCCUGUCACCUUCCACAGCUCGCAUCUCAUGUACUCGCCUAUUUGUAAUUGCAGGGGUUGAUUUGCAGCUCCUGGUCCUGCCUUUUUACUGGUUACUAUUAGGUCUACACUCUCCCUGCUCUAAGAGCCUUGUCAUCUCUCUCCUUAAAGUUAUAUAUGGAUAAAUAACAAAAAGGCACAAUACCGUGACUGGAACGAUACACAAAUAACCCGCACAUAAAAGACAGAAGCUUACGACGACGUUUCGGUCCGACUUGGACCAUUGACAAAGUCACACGGUGUGACUUUGUCAAUGGUCCAAGUCGGACCGAAACGUCGUCGUAAGCUUCUGUCUUUUAUGUGCGGGUUAUUUGUGUGUGUUAUAUAUGGAUCCUGCCUCCACUACACUGCUCCCAUCCUUUUCUUUAUCUCUAAUCAGAGACAGAUUUUUGCCUUAUUAUUUUUGUAUUAUUUUGCACAGUAUUGUGUGUGGGUGUAUAUCUUGAAAUUAUUUUUCCUCGGGUAGAGGUUUUUCAUUCAGAAUAUUCCACAAAUAUUGUCAUUACCAACUAUCUCAACUUGUCUUUCAGAUGAGAAUUUACAUCUUGUCAAUAAUUAGCAAAGAUUAUUUAAUAUAUGGUGAAUGUAUUAUGCUUUUUGUAUAACUUUAUUGGUAUCGGUAGCACAUUCCGUAUCUUUAGGAAUAACGCAAGACAAUUUAAUUAUAUCAAUCUUAGCCCAGUAUAACCGUGGCUUUGCACAAGGAAAUCCUUCAGUUUGUUAUCACAGAUGCAGCAUCACUGUCAGUGAAACUGGAAGAAUAUCCCAGGACACUGUGUUGUAACCCCUAGUUUCUUUUAGAUUGGGGGUAAACAUGAGUUUUGAGACUCUGACUGCAGAUUCAAACCCCACCUGUGGUAUGGUAUGGUUUAGGGUAAACAUGUAUUUUGGCAAAGAUUUCUACAUUAAAUGGGUCAUCAGUGACUUAGAUUGGGAGUAAAAAUACAUCUCGACAAAUAUUUCUAUACCAUGGGGGUCAUGAAUGACUUAGACCUGGGUCAGGGGUCACUUUCUAGUUCCCCGACGAACAAAACACCAGCACCUGGAAUUUUAUAUCUGACCAUUAUUAAAUUUAAAGCCAUUCAUGGAAGCUGUUUGAAUAAUAACAUAGAAAUACAAGCAUUUAAUAGUAUGUAUAGUUAGGCAGAACUUGUAUGGAGGAAAGAUAACAGCCAUUUUUCCAAAAUUUAACUUCUGUGCUUCUACUCUAAUAGUCAGUUUUAUUAUUGAAUUCUUUUAUAUCACAAAUAAUUGAGUUGCAUAUUGCAGUAUAUAGUAAGCUGAACAUUGUACGUGACUGUUGUGAACGUUUCUUGCAAUGACAUAUAAGACUUUAUGAUAUGGUUAUAAUCAUGACCAUGGCGAAGGCCUCGGCCAAAUGUCCAAAAGCUCCAGCUGUGGGUCAUCAUAUGAAUAAUACCCGCAUAAGGAAACACUUGUCCUGUUUCCUGACCAACCUUACCUAACCUAAC